AUGUCUGCCAUAUUUCUGCUCCUCGGUCUCUUUGGUGUAUAUUGCACAUUCUAUCUCGUCGAAGCCAACGGCACCAACGCCCUAAUCCACGACUCCAUCGCCGCUGCAAAACUGCCCAACAGCGAUGUCUCUCUCCGAACGGUGUACACCGGGUUUAAUCCCCUGGACAGAAUCCUCACUUAUAUAGUCAUCCUCCUAUGGCCGGUCACCGAGCUAGAAAAUACUCUUUUAACACUCCACACGACAACCUUCCUAACCGGGACAAACGCCAUCUGGACAUUGCUCUUACUAGAGGGGUAUAGAAGGGGAAAUCUAAAAACGGUCUCUUCAUUCCCUAUAAUCUUCACCCUGCUCGGCCAACUCGCCUUCCCCGUUGGUAUCUCGCUAUACUGCGCCCUCCACCUCGCCACGUCAAUCACAGUCCAUAGCCCAACGAGAAGGAAUCUUGCUAUCCCGCGUCCUGUACUCCAUGCUCUGCUAGUGACGACUGCCCUCGGACUCGUCAUACCAGUUACCGUUCUUCACGCUCCUGUCUCGGAUGAUACGAAGCAGAUCUUCAUCGCGGCGUGGCAGUUCUGGCCGAUAUGCUCUUCGAUGAGUGUAUUUUUCGCGCACGCAAUACUUUCUAGUCCCAUUAACAGUUCACCCUUUUACACUGAUGCCGAUACCGAGACCGGUACCAAUACUGAUACUGAGACCGAUAAAUGCACCCUCCGCCUCAUCUACGGACUCUGCCUCCUCACGACCGCAAUCCCGCAUGUCAGAUAUAUAUACCCCCUGAUCGUCUUCAUUGUCUGGCAAGUUGUCUUUACGGGGAAAGCUCAAUUGCCCUGUUUACAGGAUAUAUCCGACUUGCUCGUACGGAGACUGUGGAGUUGGGAUGCCAGCCCAGCUCCCGUUGGGGGAGUUGAUGAGGGGUUCCAUAUUUUCCUGGUUUGGAGUUGUCUGGUUAUUACCCUUGCUGUCUUAUCUUGGGCAGGGAGCUUAUACCGCAGUUGCGUUGGUCGGUGUGGUUAUGGUAAACUCGCUGUCGUUGCUGUGUUGGUUGUGCUGGUUGGACCGGUUGCGGCUGCGGUGGAAUUGUUAUGGGAGCGGGAGGAGAUGGUUAUUUCUGGGCGGGCUUCAGGCUUGGAUAGAUCUACCUCUACAGCUCAGUCUACAUUUCGAUCUAAGAGUGGGAGUGGGAUGGGCAAGUGGGAGAGGGGAGGGAAGGUCCUUAGAUUUGAUUAA